GAGAUCGCGACUUUUAACCUGAAGGCAUUGCAACGUCAGCGGCAGCAGCAGGCGGAGGGAUUGGACGAAAGUGAGGCACUCAAUGAACGUCGUGCAAGAAGUUGCGAUGAGUGGGGUGAAGACGACGGAGCAGAGAGGAACAAACGUGGCGAGCUGAGUCGGUUGACGGAGUGUCGUCCAUCAGCUCAAGAUGGAAUUAACACCUACUUUAUGGAGGCGGUGCGCAGGCGUAGACUUGAGGCCGAGGAUGAGAUUGAAGGUGACAAGACUGCAGAGGGUGGUGUGAACACACACUACGAGGCAAUCGAUGAGGAUGACGAUGAGGUGGCAGAGCUUCGUGAAAUCGGUAUCGAUUUGGAGGCAGCUGCUACCGAAUCAGAGGACCAAGAGGGAACUGGCGAUGAUGAUGCGAUGAAGACGUGGCAGGAUGUCGGCAAUUUGCGUCCUGAAGGAUCCACUUUUUUCGCCUCCAAAACAGCCUCUGAGAUAGGUGGCGCCGAAGUAGUUGAAUUGGAACGUGGCGACGAAGGCGAUGAGGAGCAUGGCGAUGAGCUUUUACUCGACAGAGGUCAGACUGAGGUGACACAGAGCUCUGCAAAGGGUAUGGACCCAAGGCGAAUUAAUUUUGUAAAGAGUCUGCAUCAUCGAUUUACAAACUACAUUUACGACACUAGUGCAACGCGAUCAUGGGUGAAGUUGACCAUAUCUAUGUUCGAUCCUAAGGACGGCCGCAUCUCAAUUGAUUUGCGCACCUUGGUCCAACGCAUUAUUUCAAAGAGUAUAGUCUCUUUUGUUCCAGGUAUUCAAAAGGCUUUCAUCGACAAAACAGACCCCAAGAAGUGGGUUCUGCGUGUUGAAGGUGUGAAUCUUAAGGUGCUUUCCUGCUAUGGCAACGUAUUUGACCUCACUAAACUCUACACCAACCAUGUGCCAGCUAUGCAGGAACACUUUGGUAUUGAGGCGGCUCGAGCCUCUCUUCUACGCGAGAUCUCUAGCGUGUUUGGCCACUAUGGCAUCAAUGUGAACCCGCGUCAUCUCAAACUUGUGGCUGAUUACCUUACCAAAACUGGUCUUUAUCGCGCCUUCAAUCGACGCACCAUGGAAUUCCACCCUUCGCCUAUGCAACGCAUCACUUUUGAAACUGCCACUAAUGCGCUCAAAUCUGUUAUUCAAGAAAGUAGGCCUUGA